AGCCUCAGUCCGCAAUCGUCGGUUUUGCCAACCAAACGUGCUUCAUUUUCCAUCAAUUGUCGCUUCGAACCGUUUCAAAUAUUUUCCGAUUCUGGAUUCAGGAUUCGGGGGCUUGCCAGUGGGAUUCGGCAGAGGAUGCAACAGGAUUGAUACCUUGUACGGAGGGCUGAGAGCCUGACAGAGCGAUUAUAGCCUGACUAGACCUGGAUCCUGGCUCGCCAUUUUCAGCGAAUGUAACGGAAUUCAGUGGAAAAGCGCCAUCGAUUCGAUUCAAUACGAUUCAAUUCGAUUCGAUACUGGGCAGUAAAGGCUGAGGCGAGCAAAGGACCCUUGGAGGACUGUUGAAUUAGUUAGAGGCGAAGCAACAAAUACAAACAAAGGGGCCAUUCAACAACCUCCCGAAGUCGCCGUAUCGAUUUUCCGUUACAUCGUUAUACACACACACUAACCCAGUUGGCACACAUCCAUUACGCAUACGCCCCAUAGCCACCCCAGAAAGCGAGAAGAGCGUGCGGACCAGCUGCUCCACUCCACUCCAUCCCACUCUGCGAAGAGAAAGGGAGAGCCUGGCGGAUUAUCGGACUGGCUUUGUUGCAUCCCGCAGCCACUGGAGGCAUGUUUCAUUUGGCACUCGCCAGCAGCGGACGGACAAACCAUUUAGGGCUACGGCAAUAGCCAUUGUAGGUAGCAUUCACCAGCAUCGGCAUCCGCGACCAGUCACGACAGUGACGCUUUCUGCCGCGGAAUAAGGAAUCCUUCACCCCAUCCACCCAAUCACAGUCGCCCCAACGAAAUCGCAAGCCACCAGCAGGUGUUCAGCAUGGCGGGAAUUCAGCUGCAACCAGGAUGCACGAUGGCCGUGGCGGUGGUGCUCCUACUGCAGGUGCUCGUGAUGGGCCAGGUGCUUGGCCAGGGUCCGCCGCAGGCCCAGGUGUGCCCGGAGCAGAGCGAGAUCGCGCCCUGCAUCUGCACAGUGAAGAAGAACGGGCUGGACAUCCUGUGCGAGACCACCGAUCUGGCGCACAUCACCAAGUCGAUGGGCACGCUGAAGGGCAAGAGUCCCAUCAUCUUCUACCUGAAGCUGCGCCACAACAAUCUGCCCAAGCUGCAGGGCUUCGUCUUCCUGGCCCUGGACAUCCGCCACCUGACCAUCCACAACAGCAGCCUGGCGGCCAUCGAGGAGAACGCCCUCAGCUCUCUGGGUGCGGGGCUCACACAGCUGGAUGUGUCUCUAAACCAAAUGAAGACGGUGCCCUCGCAGGCUCUGCAGCACCUGUUCCACCUGUUGAUCCUUAAUCUAAACCACAACAAAAUCACCGUGAUCCACAACAAUGCCUUCGAGGGACUGGAGACCCUGGAGAUUCUGACGCUCUACGAGAAUAAGAUCACACAAAUCGAUCCCGAGGCUUUCCGAGGACUAGAGGACCAUAUUAAACGCCUGAAUCUGGGUGGCAACGAUCUUACCAAUAUCCCGCAGAAAGCUCUUUCCAUUUUGAGCACCUUAAAGAAGCUGGAGAUUCAGGAGAACAAAAUACGGACUAUCAGCGAAGGCGAUUUUGAAGGCUUGCAGAGCUUGGACUCAUUGAUUUUGGCCCACAACAUGAUCACCACCGUGCCUGCCAAUGUGUUUAGUCACCUCACCCUGCUGAACUCCUUGGAGCUGGAGGGCAAUAAGAUCAGUGCGAUUGACAAGGAUGCCUUCAAGGGCCUGGAGGAGAACCUGCAAUAUCUGCGCCUGGGUGAUAACCAGAUCCACACUAUUCCCAGCGAGGCACUGCGUCCACUGCACCGCCUUCGCCACUUGGACUUGCGCAACAACAAUAUCAAUGUUUUGGCCGAGGAUGCCUUCACUGGCUUUGGAGAUUCCCUAACUUUCCUCAACCUGCAGAAGAACGACAUCAAGGUUCUGCCCAGUCUUCUGUUCGAGAAUCUAAACUCUCUGGAAACGCUGAACUUGCAGAACAACAAGCUGCAGCGCAUACCGCAGGACAUAAUGGAGCCCGUCAUCGACACCCUCCGCAUCAUCGACAUCACCGAUAACCCGCUGAACUGCUCCUGCGAGCUGACCUGGUUCCCCAAGCUGCUGGAGGACCUGAAGAACAAGGACGACGAAAUGUCGCAGAAGAAGAAGCCGCUGUGCCACAUGUCGCUGGACAACCGCGAGUACUUCGUGCAGGCCAUGCCCACCGAGAAGAUGCACUGCGCCGGCCUCAAUGUGAGUCCCUCGCCCACCAGCGGCGGUCUAAUGCGGAUCCUGCAAGUGAACAUCCUGGCCCAGAUUGCCGUGUGUAGCGUGGCCUUUCUGACUAGCGUCUAAGCAUCUAGCCUCUGUCCAGCUAGACGCGGUGUUCCAUGUGGGUCAGUUUCAGCUUCAGUUUCAGUUCCACCCAUGUGAUCAGUGAUAGAAUCCAACAGAGCGACAGUUCCAUUCGGUUUAAUUCGGUUGCCACAUAACGAAUCACCCAAAAAUGCAAAAAUGCAAAAAGCAAUCCCAGACCCCAGAACCCAGAUCACAGACCUCUUGUACGCCCACAAGCCAUUUCUGUGUUGUUGUAUUGUAUGUUUUCUUAUAGAUUAUAGGGAAUCCGUGAAUUAUGCAACUCUGCCAGUAAUUAGACUCAGAAAGCACGCUUUUCGAACCAGCAGCAGGCUUCCCCCACCCCCGCAAGUUAUUGAGACGACGCCCCUGGAGAGGCACCACCACCACUAUCCGGUCCACCCACUGCACUCCGCUCCAGACGUGCACGGUAGCUCGCCGAGAAGGGGAAUGCUGGGAUGCUAUUCACUUGUCUGCGGACGUAGCUUAGAUGUAAGGCUUGGUUUGGGCACCAGUGCACCAGUGCGGAGGCAACCCAAACCCAAACCCAAACCCAAAAUCAAAACCCAAACCCAAACAUAUCGGAAUAUUGUUACGUUUAAGCGUGGGAUUUUGUUGUUACUUGCGUUAAUCUGUACGAGCUUAGUUGUGCAGCCUAGGGCUCCGUAUGCCCAUCUAUUAUGUGUAGUCUAUCGUCGUCUUGUCGUCGGUGUUGUGAGAUACAAUCAUUACUAACGCGUUUCGUAGUCCCUCCACCCGUUUCCCGACCUACCUUCUGCACCCAACCGAUCCCCAGUCGAAUCGACCCGCCUCCUCGAGCUCCUCGAGACCAUGUGCCGUGUUAUCCAAUUCGAAGCAGGCAUGGCCAAUUGUGGCUCCACUUUGGGUGCCAGAGGCAGGCGAAACGGAGGGAAAACACAAGAGAAAGUAAGAAAUUUCAUUUGCAUCAAUCACCAAGAACUGAUUAUGGAAUAAGUAGUUUGUACUCUUUAUUUGCCGCUAACACGGGCAAACUCCCAAGUAUCCCAAGUAAUCCCCAUCCACAUCCACAUCCACAUCCCGAUUCCCAUUCCCAUUCCCAAAACCCACAUCCAGAACCCAGAAGGGGCAACCCACAAAAAUCGAGAAUGCAUAUCGUUAUAUUGUUAUAUUAUAUCGUGACAUAUCAAGAGCUCCAAGUAGUAAGACACUCGGAAAGCUCGGCACAGCUAAUAUAGUGACAUUUUAUAGAAUUUACUUACAUUUUUGAGGCAUCUGACAAGUUUGAUAUUUAUGCAAGAAGUGAAUUAAGCAAAUGCGUAUGCAGAGUGGAAUUUUUGAAAUUUUUUAUACAUAUACUUUUAUACACACAUACAUACGUACCUUUUCGAUUAUGUCUACGCAAUCUAAGUUGUAACUCGAUUAGCUAUACUAUACACUAACACCCCAAUCCGCCCGACCCCAAUCCCCUCCCUCCACCACCCCAACCACUCGGUGGCUUAGGUCAGUAGCCACCCACUGGUGGGCGGUGGUGCAGCGGGAGCGGGUUCGGGGCGGGAAAUAUUUUCAAGAGAAUGCGCCGCACCACCGAUUCGGGUCAGUUUCCUUUGGCUAGAGCUGUUCUUUUCAAAAUAUUGCUAACACCGAACCCCAUCGAAAGCUGGGCUUGCAUAAUGCUCUCCAUGUGAGCAGAAUCUGAGAAUCUGUCUAAUAAAGAAUCCAUGUUGGUUACAAAUGCAA